CGGGACUUGUCGAAUAUGGUUGGGGGAAAAAUAUACCGCUGGCAACAACACUCUACCGGGGAGGGGAUAUGUUUUCUUAACAGUCUGUUUGCAAACAUAGACAAGUUUUAACGUAGUCGACGUCUUCCUGUGAAUCAGUGGUAUAAUUUAUGGCGAUUACUGCCAUUUCGAGGCUUGUUUUGUAGAAGACAGGGAUGAUACCGUACCGGGAAAAGACUUGUUUUGGUGUUUUGCUAGGUCAAGAAGGCUGACCAGUGUACAGUAGUAAUAUUAUCUGGUCGUAGGUCACUUCUCUGGAAUACUCUGACGUAUCCUGAUCAAUAAAAAAAUCAAUGAUGAAUUGAUUUGGAAGCUUUGAGGUGACCGGUUAAUGCACUGGAACAGUUUUCCUUCUCCUGGACAAACAGGGCUUCCUUCGGGUCACAGCCCUUACCGUAGGAUUCAUCCCCCUCUCCCCGUCCUGCAUCUUUUACUAGUUUAGCGGCAGAAUGAGUGGGGCUGGAGAUAAGGGCGUAAACGGGGUUCUGGUUUGUCAGGAGAGUUACGCGUGCGGUGGAUCGGAUGAAGCCGCCUACGAGUGCGACGAAUGCGGCAGCUUGCAGUGCACACGCUGCGAGCUGGAGCUCCAUCGCCAGGAGCGCAUGCGUAAUCACGAUCGGGUUCGGAUCGCGCCGGGCCACGUGCCAUUCUGCGACCAGUGCAAAGGACACGCAAGCAGUCCGACUAACGGAUCCCGGCACAGGGCCGUGGUGCGCUGUCAGGGCUGCAAGAUCAAUUUAUGCCUGGACUGUCAGAAGCGCACGCACAGCGGCGUGAGCAAGAGGAAACACCCGCUCUUUGCUUAUCCACCAUGCAAAGCUCCGGAAAAUAAGCCCGAUGCCGGCGAUGCAGAGGUAGAUGAAGGGAAAGCUCUGCUGGAAAAAGUUCACAGCUUCCUCCUGGUGGAUGAGAAAGAGGACAUGCAGGUGAAAGACGCAGACGAGUUCGUCAGCAGGCUGGGUUGCGCCCCGGACGAGCUCCUGAAGGUGGUGUCCAUCUUCGGUAACACGGGCGAGGGCAAAUCCCACACCCUCAACCACACGUUCUUCAGAGGCCGGGAAGUGUUCAAGACGUCUCCCACGCAGGAGUCCUGCACGGUGGGCGUGUGGGCGGCGAUGGACCCGCUCCAUAAAGUAGUGGUCGUGGACACCGAGGGGCUCCUGGGAGCCGGAACGAACCAGGGCCAGCGGAUUCGUCUCCUGCUGAAGGUCCUGGCCGUGUCCGAUCUGGUGAUUUACCGCACACACGCCGACCGGCUGCACGACGACCUGUUCAAGUUCCUGGGCGACGCCUCGGAUGCGUAUUUAAAGCACUUCACCAAGGAGCUGAAAGCCACCACGGCCCGGUGUGGUCUGGACGUGCCACUUUCCACUCUGGGCCCGGCUGUCAUCAUCUUUCACGAGACCGUCCACACCAAAUUACUGGGCUCAGAUAAGCCGUCGGAAUCGGCAGAACGUCUUCUCCAGGAGCGUUUCCGUAAGCUUGGCCUGUUCCCCGAGGCGUUCAGCUCCAUCCAGUACAGAGGCACUCGAACCUACAACCCUCCGACUGACUUCAGCGGCCUGCUGCGCAGCGUGGAGCUCCAGCUGGACAACACCACCACGCGCUCGCCACGAACGGCCAGCGUCAUCUACAAAGCCCUAAACGCCCUGAGUGAGCGGUUUAGUGGUGAGAUCCCUGAUGAGCACCUGUCCAGUAACUCCUUCUUCCCUGACGAGUAUUUUACCUGCUCCAGCAUCUGCCUGAGCUGUGGCUCCGGCUGCAAGAACAGUAUGAACCACCUGCGGGAGGGCGUGAGCCAUGAGGCCAAGCACCGCUGCCGCUACUCCGCCCACUACGACAACCGCAUCUACACCUGCAAGGCAUGCUAUGAGAGCGGUAAGGAGGUGAUCGUGGUUCCUAAGACCACAGCGUCCUCAGACUCGCCCUGGUUUGGUCUGGCCAUUUAUGCCUGGUCUGGGUAUGUGAUCGAGUGUCCAAACUGUUCAGUGAUCUACAGAAGCAGGCAGUACUGGUACGGGAACCAGGACCCUGUCGACACCGUGGUCCGUACUGAGAUACACCACGUUUGGCCGGGGUCAAACGGAUUCUCGAAGGACAACAACAACGCUGCACAGAGGCUGCUGGACGGAGUGAACUACAUGGCUCAGUCAGUGUCAGAGCUGAGCGUCAAGCCCGCCAAAGCCGUCACUUCAUGGCUCACUGACCAGAUCGCCCCUGCUUACUGGAAACCCAACUCGCUUAUCCUCAACUGCUCCAAGUGUGGUGAGCCCUUCAGCGAUAGCGAUACAAAGCACCACUGCCGCUCGUGCGGAGAAGGCUUCUGUGACGGCUGCUCGUCUAAAACCAGACCCGUACCGGAGAGAGGAUGGGGACUGACACCGGUCAGGGUGUGUGACGCCUGCUUCCAAAACCGAGGAAUCCCAGAGGAGCUGUUGGACGCUGCUUUGGAGGAGGAGGAGAGCGGGACGCUGAUCGCCAGGAAAGUGGGAGAGGCCGUACAGAACACUUUAGGAGCCGUGGUCACUGCCAUAGACAUCCCUCUAGGCUUGGUUAAAGACGCAGCGCGGCCGGCGUACUGGGUUCCUGACCAGGACAUUCGCUGCUGCUAUCAGUGCCAACGGGAGUUUAACGCCCGUCUCUCCAUCCAUCACUGCCGGGCCUGUGGACAGGGUGUGUGUGACGGCUGCUCCCCUGACCGGCGCGCCGUACCGUCUCGCGGCUGGGACCAUCCCGUACGAGUGUGUGUCACGUGCAACCAGAAACCCGGAGACCUUUAGCAGGACCGGAUAUCAGACACCAUGUCAGCGUGGAAAGGUUCGAGCCGUGUCACGAGAGAAGCUGUGGGCGGAGCCAUGAUUUUGCACGUCGACGCUCGUCACCACCUCUCUGGUGAAGCAAAGACUCAAGUAUCAUGUUUAAUUUGCCGCUUAUAUUUUUCCACAGGAGGAAAACUCAACGUUAUUUUGACAAUCCAUUGCUUAUCGUGCGAUUAUAAUCCACAAUGCAGCCGUCACUCCGAGUCAUCACUCCGAGUCAUCUCUGGAUGAAGGAUGAAGUAUGAAGCAUUUUCCAGCAAAUCUGCAUCAAAUUCCCUGGUUACAGUGUGCAUGAAUCCAGGGAAUCUCUGUACUGUAACCAUCGACAAGAUGCUUGCAGGACGCUAGCAGGCUUUAGUUACACCGGUUAGUUUAUGUUGCUCGUUCUGCCUUUUAACGUCUUCCCCCAAAGAGAAAUCGUUUUGUAUUCAAAAACUCGUCAUGUAGUGUUGUAGGGAAAUUUCGUUUCAACUAAAAUGAUUUCCCACUUACUGAGGAGCUCGUUUUAUAAUAUUUAUAAAGUUUAAUAUGCACGUUUUCCUCUAACACACAACCACUACCUUCUCCCCGCAGAGGAAAUUCAUGCGGUGCAGUGAAUAGACUACAUCACUUUCAAUAGCGACUUGUGGAACACGUGCCAAAAUGAAAAGCAAAACCUUCAGUGCAAAAAAAACCUGUGUGGCUUUGCGUUUUAAUUUAUAAAGCCACAGUGAGAUGGCAUCAACUUCCCUGUAUGUAACAGAGUGAAAUCAUAAACACAUCAUUGCAUGCUUUACUUAUUCGUGUUCCUGGCCCUUUCAAGACUUUUCCAGGUUUCGUCCAGAUUUCUUAGGUAUAACAGAAGGUUAGAGGUUUUUAGAAUAAGAGACGAGAGAUAACAGAAAUAGUCCAAACACUAAUAUUCACUAUUAAGUCACUAAAAUAAUGUUUUUCAAAGCCGUUACAAAAAAAGUGAUAAUUUUCCAGAUUUUCACAAGAACCCUACAAUAUAGGAUUUGUAAUUGAACUCUUGUAAUUGAACUCUCAUUAAAUGUAAAAAUUCUGAUUAAAAAUUCUAGCAUUUUAUCCUUCAAACAUUUGCGGGUGUUGUCUUUCAGCGACGAGCCCAAACAGCGUAAAAACAAAUGUAAUAAAGUUUUUAUUUUUUGGCACGUUUUCUGCACGUCACUCCUAAACUACUAAAGUGAUGUGUGCGUUUCUGUCAUCGGAUCUUUUACAGUAGCGUGAACUCCUCGUUAUAUUCCUCAGGACAUCAACCUGCAUACUGAUUCGAAAAGCCGGUUUUACUCUGUGCGAUUUCAGCAGGCUUUUAAGCUUAUUUCUUGUUACGCUGGACAAGAUUCCAGUAAGAUCUUGUGUGUGUCAGAUUGUACGAUGAAGAUUCUCUGACGAUAGAGCUGACGUUAAAGAAAAUCACUACAUUAUGCGUAGUUUAUCAACGGUCAUCCAUCAGUAUGACCCAGAGAUCAACUCGUCCAGAAAACGGGCUCGCAUAAACGUUCUUUUCAGAGUGAGUCUGAGGUAGUAGGGAUAUUUUUCUGUCCGUUAAAGUUUCUUUUCCGUUUCUCCCAUCGCCAAAUCCGUAUUCGUAGCCGUUUCAUGAGUUCGCCAUCCUCCUAUUGGUGGAUUUUAGAUGAGCGCUCACACUUUGAGAUUUUAAAUCAAAACUUUCUCACACUGCCACAACUUUGGCGUCGGCACUAAAGCGUCCCGUUACGCGCUCUAAGACCGCCGAUCUCAACUCGCAACCAAAGACCGUGUGGUUUUUGUCUGCGACGGCAAAAUCGAGCUGAAGUUCGUACGGCGUAUAUCCAGCUUUAGCUACACAGAAGACAUGGCAUGGCGUAAACUCAUCUGCUUGACUAUACAUUAUCAUAAUAUUCACAGUAGCUGUUACUGACUAGCCCCUGGUACGGGUUAAAGCGUACGCCUGAUGUAAAAAGGUCCUCGGGCAAAGAAACGACGCUCGUCUGUAACGGAGUUUGUUUUAUUUAAAGUGUAAUAUUAGGAUGACUGAAUGUGACUGAGACUUGAUCAAUAACUGUCAUGUUUUGUUCACCUUGUAUGCUGAGUAAAUUAAACAUGAAUACUUUUAA